AUGAUAACAGAGGACAUUAUGAUAACAGAGGACAUUAUGAUAACAGGACAUUAUGAUAACAGAGGACAUUAUGAUAACAGAGGACAUUAUGAUAAUAGAGGACAUUAUGAUAGACAUUAUGAUAACAGAGGACAUUAUGAUAACAGAGGACAUUAUGAUAACAGAGGAUAUUAUGAUAACAGAGGACAUUAUGAUAAUAGAGGACAUUAUGAUAACAGAGGACAUUAUCUGUAG